CUCCUCUGAGAGGAAAUUGAAAGUGAAAUAAGGAGCUGGCCACCGACUCGGAGUUCCCUGGGAAGGUCUGGACAGUGCCCCUUCUCAGGACAUCACCACAAUGGACACAGAAAUGCCCCUGGCAAAGAUGUGGGAGGAGGUCACCUGUUCUAUCUGCCUGGAUCCCAUGGUAGAGCCCGUGAGUAUCGACUGUGGCCACAGCUUUUGCCAGGAAUGCAUCUCUCAGGUCGGGAAAGAUGGAGGCAGUGUGUGUCCGGUGUGCCGGAAACACUUUCUGUGCAAGAACUUCCGGCCCAACCGACACCUAGCCAACAUGGUGGACAACCUUAAACAAAUAGGCCAGGAUGAUACCAAGAAGGGCACACAAGAGAGACAAUGUGUGACUCAUGGAGAAAAACUUCACCUGUUUUGUGAGGAAGAUGAACAGGCCCUUUGCUGGGUGUGCGUCCAAUCCCGGAAACACCGAGAUCACACCAUGGUCCCUAUGGAGGAGGCUGCUCAGGUAUACCAGGAGAAACUCCAAACAGCCUUAGUAAAACUGAGACAAGAGCAGAUGUUGACUGAGAAGAUGGAAGCGGAUCUUGCAAUGAAGAGAGAAGACUGGAAGAGGAAGGUUGAGACACACAAACUGAGGAUUCACGCCGAGUUUGCACAACAGAAAAGCUUCCUGGUUGAAGAGGAACAGAGGCAACUGCAGAAGCUGGAGAAGGAAAGGAGAGAAGAGCUGAGACUCCUUGGGGAGACAGAGGUGGAGCUAGCGCAGCAGAACCAGGAACUACAAAAGCUAAUCUCAGAGCUGGAGUGGAGGAGUCGGAGUUCAGCAUUGGAGAUGUUGCAGGAGGUGAGAACUGUCCUGGAAAGGAUUGAGUCCUGGAACCUGAAGAAGCUGGACAUUGUCUCCCCAGACAUAAGAAGUGUGUGCCAUGUGCCAGGGCUAAAGAAGAUGCUGAGGGCAUAUGGAGUAUACAUCACUCUGGAUCAAGACACAGCCAAUCCAUGGCUCGAGCUUUCUAAGGAUCGGAGACAAGUGAAGCUUGGAAACAUCCAACAAAAGGUGCCCGAGAGUGAAGAGAGAUUUGAUAAUUACCCCAUGGUCCUGGGUACCCAGAUCAUUACCUCUGGAAAACUCUACUGGGAGGUAGAUGUGACAGGAAAAGAGUCCUGGGACCUGGGGGUUUGUAGGAACUCUGUGCAGAGGAAGGGACAUUUUUUGCUCAGCCCUGAGAAUGGCUUCUGGACAAUUUGGUUGUGGAAAAAGGACAAGUAUGAGGCUGGCACCUGCCCUCAGUCCUCUCUACACCUUCAGGUGCUGCCAUGCCAAGUCGGCAUUUUCCUGGACUAUGAGGCUGGUAUUGUCUCCUUCUACAAUAUCACUGACCACGGCUCCCUCAUCUACACCUUCCCUGAAUGUAAUUUUGAUGGGCCUCUGCGGCCCUUCUUCAGCCCUGGUUUCAAUGAUGGAGGAGGAAACGCAGCCCCUCUAACCCUUUGUCCACUCAAAAUGGGAAGACCAGAAUCUGCUGAUGACUGAAGGCUUUCUCAGGACACUUCACCCCCUUCCUGUUGGUAUCCCCACUCAGCCACGAACUCUGCCUCCUUUUCUCAUUAACUGUCAAACCCCUUUUCUUACAGAGGUAUCAGGAUCAAGCACUGAAAGUUAAUGUCAAAAACCUUCAACACGAUAUUCCUGUCCUAGAGUCCGUUAUAAUUCCAUUUACUGAAGCAUACGCCUCA